UAAGAACUUUGUUUGGAGGCCAAAACUGAGUAGUGGUAUAUUGAUGUCUUUCAAAUACACCUCGAAUGCCCUUACUUUUCUUUCCCUUAUAAGAUGAUAAGUGCAUGUAGGCUUAGAAACUUAAAACACGCAUCGCGUGCAUAUAAAUGUAGUUAUUGUAUUAUGAUAAGCACAUUGUCAAUAAUAAUAGUAUGAAAUAAAUCGAUCCAACUUAAAUAAAAAAAAAUCAGCUUGAACGAUCUAUCCAAACCCGAUCCGAAGAACUCAUUUGCCACUAAAAUGCUCUAACUCUUAACAUUUUACAUUUUCUACUUUCCCAUGGCCCUCUACUCUAUACCAUCAAAAAUACUUUAAAUAAAAUAAAAUAAGAGCCCCUGAGCCGCCCAAACGAAACACCCAGAAAUAGUAUUGCCCCGCAUUACUCUUCUCCAUCCCUCUCUUCUCUCUCUCUUUUUCUCUUUUCAUUCAUCUGCAUUUUUCACCCAGAAAAACCAGAGAAUUUCAUAACAAACAAUUGAAUUAAGAUGAUACAUCUUCUAUACUCAGUAAUCUUCAUUGAAGCAGCCAUAAUUUUGCUGCUACUUUUCAAAACUCCAUUAAGAAAGCUUGUAAUUGCUGUUCUUGACAAAAUCAAACGUGGGCGUGGUCCAAUUGUCAUCAAAACUGUCUCUGCUACAAUUUCCAUUGUUUUCUUUUCCACCAUUUAUAGCACUCUUAAGAUCCAACGUCGUGCUAUUGGAGAAGAUGGUGGGCCCGAUACUCUCAAUCCCACUGAUCAAGUCAUCUUUUCCAGGCAUCUUCUUGAAGCUUCUCUUAUGGGAUUCAUCUUGUUUCUUGCACUAAUGAUUGAUCGUCUGCACCACUACAUCAGAGAACUUCGUUUGAGGAGGAAGACCAUGGAGGCUGUGAAGCGGAAUGACAUGAAAUCUGCUGGCCCUAGCUCUGAGGAAUUGAAAGCCAGAGAGCAGCAGGUAGACACAUUUAAAGAUAUGAUUAGGCAGCUGGAAUCAGAUCUUGAAAGCAAGGUUAAGGAAGCGAGUACAUCAGAAGCUACUGUUGAGGCUCUUAGGAAGCAAUCUGAGGGGCUGCUUCUUGAAUAUGAUCGUUUAUUAGAAGAAAACCAAGAACUUCGGAAUCAAUUGCAGACGCUGGACCACAAAAUUUCACUUUCCACUGGCAAGAAGGACUCGUAAUGAAUAUUUUGCAACCCCCUGUUAAAGAUUUUGUAGGUUCCUUGGUCUUCCUUCGAAGUCACACAAGUUUUUGAUUUAUUCCAUUAUACCUUACACCAUUGUGCCACUCGAGAGAGCAAGAUAUAGGACAAGAAAUACUGACGCAGGAAGGAAUACAAAUAGAGUAAUUCUGAAGUGUGUGUUUGCUCAUCACCCCCAGUAUGCAUAGGCUUUUGAUAGUUUCUCUUCAUUUUUUUUUUCUGUCAAAAAUUUUCUAUUCAUUUAUAUGUUUAUUGAUACAUAGAGUUCUGUUACUUCAAUCUUCCAGUUUGUCAGACUCUGUUAUGCUUGUGCUUUCUUCGAUCUAGAAGAGAUUCUCAACUUACUAAUCUAUUGAGAUUGAUGAAUUUUUAUCACCUA